AUGAAUGGGGUGGAAUCAAGCUGCAACGAAAUUGCUGACCCCGAGCCGAAGGCGACACAAAUUACCGCCGUCGAGGUAGUUGAUGAAGGCGAUGUCAUGAUCCUCAGCGAUGACCCUGGAAACAGUCUGACUGCUGCGAUUCGCAUCGUCGAGAAGUUCAAGGAGAAUGCCCCUGGCUUGCCUACAAAGAUAUGGAACAAGCAGGUCAAGGGACCUUGGUGGUACAACAUCACCUACGAGAAUUGGUUCAUUCUAGUAGGCAUAUACAGACUCGAAAAGCUCGGGAGCAGCGCGAUCGGAGCUGGCAUCAAACAAGCUAUGGAGCAACGCUACGGUGGCAACAUCGGCACGGAUCUUACCUGGCGAAAUCACCCAGUUGAUCAUGGGCAGCAUGCACGACACCUUCUGACCCAAGUGGCGACAAAGGUUAUUGAACUGCAGGAGACUAUAACUGAACUGCAGAAGGCUGUAAAGGAUCAGCAGAAGAUCAGCAAGGCCCUACUGGUCAUAACCAAGGUACCGCGCAGACUGCCAAAGACAACGACGAACGAAUGGAGGAUUGGACCGGCUACUGUGAAAAAGAUGACGAUGAGGAGCAUUUGUUCAUAUUUGAGUAGGGAAUAG